UCUAAAGCCCGUAGUACGUUAUGUUGCAUUUUAUAGUUUGGUUGACUGCAUUGCUGCUCACUUUUGAUGUUUGUCUAAGCGAUCGCAAAUGGGACUACGAGCCGCUGAGCAUUGAAGCUACUACUUCGGAUGCCUCAAAAUUAAGUCUCACUACAGAGGUUGAGCGCUUGUCGCGCAGUGAAUUUGCGUUUACUGGCACCAUAGAAUUUAACUAUGAUAUCGAUGAUACUACAACAAUUGAAGCUGUUUCGUAUCGCAGUAAUACGGGCAAUGAGGACGAUUACAAGCUGCUGCCUUGGAAAUUACAAAAGCAAUCAGCCAAGGAAUUUUUCAAGGGCUAUUACGAGCAGUAUAUCUUUAAAAACCUUGGUCACUGCUCAAAUCUGCCGCAGCUGGACAACAUUGAUCCAUGGCCAAAGAACACCUACAAAUUUGAGCAUUGCGUAGUCACUGGCGAGGGCAUGCCCGAAUUAGUACCCGAAGGUUUCUAUAAGGUUGUAUUCUCUGUAGACGGUGAGGUUGAUUGGGUCAUAACGGCUGUAGCAAAAAUUACGGCGAAAACAGAUUUGUAUGGUUGAAUGUAUUAAAUGCAUUUAUUAAUAACAAAUAUUCAAUAAAUAUACAUAU